UCUAGCUGCACAUGGUCUUGGCUGCCAAUGCAACUUGCCCUGUGACUAUCGCCCUUUCCCAUUAGUUUUACGCCCUCGCCCCUUGGCUCCCUUGGCGGCAAAGCUUCUGACCCCGAGUACCUUGGCUCACUUGGCAGAAAAGCUUCUCUCGCCCAGCUUUCAACGGCUCGUAAUGGCCGACAGCGACAUCGCAUCAACUCCCGCGGCGGCGGAAAACGAGAAGGCCUCGCGGGAGCAUGUCGCCUAUCCUGAAGACACCAUGGCCGACCAUGUCACGGCGGCCGCCAUCGGCGGCGAUAUUGGAGACCUGCCCAAGGGCUACUAUUGGAGUCCCAAGUUUGUCGGGUCUAUGAUUGGCAUUAUCCUCACGGCCCAGAGUUUGUAUCUCGGCUACGUUCUGCCCACCAAUGCCCUGGGCAUCAUCAACGAGGAUCUCGGCCCCAGUCCCAACUACGUCCUCAUCAGCACGAUACAGACCGUCACCAGCGGGUUCCUCCUGGCGCUCGUGGGUCGCCUGGGCGAUAUCCUUGGCCGCCGGUAUUUCCUCAUCGGCGGCCAAGCCUUUUCUCUUGUGGCCAGUAUCGUUGGAGUUGUGGCAAAGAACAUCAACACCAUGAUUGGCGUCGGAACGCUCAUGGGCUGUGCAGCCGGAGUCCAGCUGACUUUCACCUUUGUCGCGGCCGAGCUCGUGGCUAACAAGCAUCGCGCCUAUAUCAAUGCCGUCCUCUUCUGCUCCACCAUUCCUCUCGCUGGCAUUGGACCUGGUUUGGCUCGUCUCAUCGUCUCCAAUACCAAGCUCGGGUGGCGAUGGUUCUACUACCUCAAUAUCAUCACCUCUGGCCUGUCGUUGAUAUUCCUCGGUGCCUUCUACUUUCCGCCUUCCUUCCGCCAACUCCACUCGCGCAUGACCAGAUGGGAACAAGUCAAGAGAAUCGAUUGGAUCGGGUCAAUCCUAUUUGCGGCAGGGAUACUUCUAUUCAUGCUCGGACUUUCUUGGGGUGGCAGUACCUAUCCAUGGAAGGAUGGUCACGUCAUCGGGUUCAUCGUGGUUGGGGCCGCGCUUCUUAUCAUCCUCGGCCUCUACGAGGCAUACGCUCCGUGGCUCGUGGAGCCUCUCAUUCCCGGACGGCUGGUUAGAAACAGGAACUACAUCGCGUUGACGUGCUGCGGCUGCGUCGGAACGAUGAUCUACUUCUCUCUGAAUAUCCUAUGGCCCCAGCAGAUUGUCGACCUCGGAUACGGCACAUCUCAGGUUCAGAUCGGAUGGCUAUCGUGUACCACAGGCGCCGCAGUCGUGUUUGGCCAGACACUUGCGGGGGUCCUUUUCAAGAGACUGGGCCACGGGAGAUGGCAGUUGGUCGCAUGCACGAUGGGCAUGUGCGUGUUUAUGGGCGGCCUAGCCGCGGCCAAGCCGACUAACAGGCCCCUGGCUCUUGCUUUCACGACCCUCGGAGGGCUUUCAGUUGGAUUCCUCGAGCUGGUCCACAUCGUCAUGGCCGGCCUCUGCUGUGAACCAGGAGAUAUUGGUCUGGCUUCUGGUCUGUUGGCAUCUGCCCGUCAGGUUGCAGGGACCCUUGCUGCGACCAUCUAUGUUGUCAUCUUGUCCAACAGAGUUCCCGUGGAAAUGGCUGCCGACGUUACUCCGGCCGCAGUCAACAAUGGUCUCCCAGAGUCCAGCGUUCCUCUUCUCUUCGGCGCCAUCUCCAACGGCACAUCAGCAGCCAUGGAUGCCGUUCCCGGAAUCAACUCGAAGAUCGUGGAGGCCGUCACCAAUGCCAUUGCUCACGCAUACACCAGCAGCUUCAAGACUGUCUACCUCGUCAGCAUCGCGUUUGGUGGUCUUUCGGUCAUCGCCGCGCUAUGCACCCAGAACGUCGAACAGUUCAUGACGGGCUCGGUGGCGAGGAAGCUUCAGGGCACUGCGGAGGACGUCGUGGACGAGGAAAAGAUUGCGCAGUCCGGUAUACACUACUAAGGACUACACCAUUUCGCUCAUUUGAAGCCUGCCUCCUCUAUUUUCUGCAGCAGAUGUAUUAUAAUUAUUUGGAAGUUGGAGCACGGGGGGAUUAGCAG